CUCCGAUCCGCGCAGGAGAUGAGCGUUAUUCGAUAGGCCAUCGACAACGCCAAAGCAAGAACCUUUCUUCCUUCUCCUCCCCCCCCCCAAAGGAUCAACCCCUUUCCCAUUUCCAUCUCAAAUCAUUCAUCUUCGAGCAACAUCACGGAAUCUUCAGUAUAACCCACCCUGAGGGGAAAGGGAGAGAGCCCGCAUUCGCCAUACCCUUUGCAAGCAACUUGUUGGGUACUCCUCUCCCCGUUCGAUUCAUCCGAGAAGAAAGGAACGGAGAGGGAGUUCGUCGGACAAGCUUUCAGGGGAACCCCCCAUUUCUUUCUUCUGCACUGGUUCUUGGGGUGGGGAAGGAGGAGAUUGAUUUACUGAUUGAUCGUAUUAGAUCCCAUGUCAGCGGAGGACUUCAUCAAAUCGGUGGAUGAUGGGAUCCGCCUCUCGAAGCGGCUCUACUUUGGGAAAGACCGGGCGGUGGCCCCGCCCAAGACCCCGCCACCCAUGGAGAGGUCGCUGCAGUCUUACCUGCCCUCCUCUCCGAUGGUCUAUGCCGUCAUCCCCGACCCGUCCAUCGUGGAUAACCCCGACAUCCCGAGCUACCAGCCCCAUGUCUACGGGCGGUCCGAUCCCCCUGCCCUGAUCCCCCUUCAGAUGAACAGCGUCGAGCUUAAGGCCGACUGCUACCUGGACACCGCCUUCGUAUCUGUCUCUGGGACGUGGCGGGUGCACUGUGUCAUGGGCAGCAAGUCCUGCGAUUGCCGUAUCGCGGUCCCUAUGGGCGAGCAGGGUUCAAUUCUAGGUGUUGAAGUGACUAUCUCCAGGAAGUCAUACUGCACGCAAUUCAUACCCAUUGAAGAGAAGAAGGAUAUCGACAAGGCAGCUCGAGUAGAGGAUGGGGGCUUUCUCAAAGCUCACAUAUUUACCUUAAAAGUCCCUCAGGUAGAUGGGGGUUCUAAUAUUUCGAUCAAGAUUUGCUGGUCUCAGAAGUUGCUAUUUAGUGAUGGUCAGUAUACUUUGAAUGUGCCAUUUACCUUUCCCGAAUAUGUUAUCCCUGCUGGGAAGAAACUCUCCAAAAAAGAAAGGAUAGAGGUGAACGUGGAUGCUGGAACAGAAAGCGAAGUUUUGUGCAAGACAACGAGCCAUCCUUUGAAGGAAUUGAGGCGGAAAGUGGGAAAUUUGGGAUUCUUAUAUGAAGCAGAAGUUCUUUCAUGGUCUAAUGCCGAUCUUAACUUCUCAUAUACCGUCUCUUCAAGUCAUAUAAUUGGCAAUGUGCUCGUGCAAUCUCCAUCAUUGUAUGAUGUUGAUCAAAGAGAAAUGUUUUGUCUUUACCUUCUCCCUGGAAACCAAAAGAGUAGCAAGUUGCUUAGAAAGGAUGUCGUAUUUGUUGUUGAUAUAAGUGGCAGUAUGAAGGGAAAGCUACUGGAGGACACAAAGAAUGCUCUAUCUGCAUCUCUCCAUAAGCUUGGGCCUGAAGAUUCAUUUGCGAUAAUAGCUUUUAAUUCUGAGGUUUACCAGUCGUCGAUGUCCUUGGAAUUGGCUACUCCUGAAGCAAUUGAUAGGGCUACCCAGUGGAUAGAGAUAAACUUUGUCCCAGGGGAUGGUACAAAUAUCUUGAAUCCUCUAAACAAGGCAGUAGAGAUGCUAUCAGAUUGUCGCGGUUCUGUUCCAAUUAUCUUCCUGAUCACAGAUGGGACUGUGGAAGAUGAGCGACAUAUUUGCGAUGUGAUGAAAAGUAAAGUAUUGAAUGGAAGAUCAACACAUCCCCAAAUAUUCACUUUUGGCAUAGGUACAUUCUGUAAUCAUCAUUUCCUUAGGAUGCUUGCAACUAUAGGCAGGGGCCAAUACGAUGCUGCAUAUGAUGUAGAUAUGAUUGAUCUUCGAAUGGAAGCACUUUUUUCGAGAGCGGCAUCAACGAUUCUUACAGAUAUUGCCAUUGAGCCACUGGAGGAUCUAGAGAUUGAGAUGUACCCUUCUCGUAUCCCUGAUCUAUCAUCGGCGUUCCCUUUGACUGUGUUCGGCAGAUACAAUGGUCGUUUGCCUGAUCAGCUUAAAGUCACUGGCACUUUAGCAGAUUCAAGUACUCAUGUGAUAGAUUUGCAUAUUCACAAGGCAAAGGACAUUCCUCUCGACAAGGUAUGUGCGAAGCCACAGAUCGAUCAGCUCACAGCUCAGUCAUGGUUAUCAGAAGAUAAGUUGCUUGAAGAGAAGGUCACAAAGCUUAGCAUGCAAAACAGUGUUGCUUCAGAGUUUACCCGUAUGAUCCUGCAAGAGACCAAUGAAGGAACGAAAGCCACAGAAACAUCUGGAUCAGAGAAGGACCCCAAAGGAGCACAGAAGAAGACCAUCGUCCUCAGAAACCUUUGCGUUGGGUUCGGAAACUUACAGGCGACCAAUGAGAACGUACCGCCCGGGGCAGAACAAGUGAAGCUGCCCGAGGCAGCAGAGAUCUUAGUGAAGGCGGCUUCUAACUGCUGCGGGAAAAUCUUCACCCACUGCUGCUGCAUGUGCUGCAUACAGUGCUGCUCCCGACUUAAUGACCAGUUCGUGAUUGUUCUGACUCAGCUCUGCAGCGCUCUCGCUUGCUUAGGGUGCUUUGAGUGUUGCACUCAGAUCUGCUGUGGAGGGCACGAUGGAUAACAAAAGUUAAAACUUCGAUCCCUCUUUUCUCCUGAUUUUCAAUCUGUGACCGAGCGGGGGUGCAUAAUUGACGAGGUAUAGUUUGAAGUGUAAGAUAUUUCGGUUGUUCCACAUGUAUAACUUUAUAAAAAUGUGCAGUUACAAACGAUACGGGAGCUUUUCUGAGCAGUUUGGAGAGACUCUUGGUUGGUUGCAAAGGUAAGAUGUGGCUUUUGUACAAAGUUGGUGCGGAAUAGAUGGGAUGUUUCUGUAACUCUUUUGGUUUAAGUUAUCUCAUCUCUCAUUUGUAAGGUCAUGAUUGGUACUCGAGAACUAGAACAGAGAAAAAGUUAUUUGCAUGCAACAUAACAGUUCUAUUUCCAUA